AUGGAGACUUUGGCGUCGCCCAGCGUCGUCAAGCCCUGGGUGACCAUUCUGCAGCCCCUCCCGUGGGCCAUCCCACCUCCAUCCCCGCAGACAAGCCGCGUGAAGGAAGGCCUGCUGGAGCUGAUGCUGCUGCAGAAUGCACACAUGCACCAGCUGCUUCCGACUGCCCAGGUGGCAGCAGCCCUCGACCCCUGGCCUGCCUGGCCCCGCCCUCAGGUCUACCUGGAGGGUCAACAGGAGGAGUGGGAGGAGGAGGAGGAGGAGGAGGAAGAGAUGAGGGCUCAGGAAGAAGGCCCUUUGGUGUUCCACCAUCACUACCUGCCCUGCCCGAUGCGAGCCGUGCCCCCACCUCCACCCCCCAGUGCCACAGAGACUGUGGGUGCAGAUGUACCCCCGGCUUCAGACUACUAUGAUGCCGAGAGCCUACCGUGA